AUGGCAGCUGCAUUAGAAAAAGCUCUCUCGGAAUCAAUACUAGUUGGACAAAUAAUUAUAACUAUUCUUAUAUAUGAACUUACUCUAUACAAAUUUACAUUAGAAGAAUUAAAAGGUCAGAAAACUUGUGCUCCAAAUGAAUUUCAAUGCAAAUCUUCUAAAGCAUGUGUUCCAAAUGAUUGGGUUUGUGAUGAUCAGGAAGACUGUAAAGAUGGGUCAGAUGAAAAUGCUUGUAAUAAAACAACUUGCAAAGAAAAACAGUUUACCUGCAGUAACGAUAGAUGUAUUUCGGAACAUUGGGUGUGCGACGAAGAAAAUGACUGUGGAGAUAACAGUGAUGAAAUGAAUUGUCCAAAUGUCACCUGUUCAAGUCAACAAUUUAAGUGUGGCAAUGGAAAAUGUAUUCCUGAACGUUGGAGAUGUGAUGGAAGUAUGGACUGUACAGACAGUUCGGAUGAACAAGAUUGUCCCAAUCCCAUCAGUACAAUAACAUGUGGCUAUCAUGAAUUUUUGUGCGCUAAUGGCAAAGAUUGCAUAUCUACUUCUUGGAAAUGUGAUGGAGAUAGUGAUUGUCCAGACAAAUCAGAUGAAUUAAAUUGUAAUAAUACAUGCCGUCCAGAUCAGUUUCAAUGUGACGAUCUGCAUUGUAUUCCUGGACAACUACAAUGCAAUGGGCAAAAGGAAUGUAAAGAUGGAUCUGAUGAAGAACAUUGUGGAGAACCAAAUAGCGACAAUACUUGUGAUGAAAAAACACAGUUCCAUUGUGGUCGUAAUCAUUGCAUUUCAAUAAAUCUCACUUGUGACGGCAAAAAUGAUUGUGGUUCUUGGGAAGAUGAACCUCAAGACAAAUGCAAUGUGACUGAAUGUGAUACUAAUAAUGGCGGAUGCUCUCAAAAGUGUAUCGAUAAACCAAUAGGUUAUUACUGUGAAUGUAAUGAAGGAUAUAAACUUGUUGAUAACAGAUCCUGUGAAGAUGUCAAUGAAUGUAGUGUACCAGGUUUUUGUUCACAAGUUUGUAUUAACACCAAAGGCAGCUUCAAAUGUGAAUGUAUCGAAGGUUACAGUUUAGAACCUAACAAUCAUCAACGCUGUAGAGCUAUGGAAGGUCAUCUGUCUUUAAUUUUUGCAAGCCAUCACGAUAUCAGAAAAUAUGAGUUAGAAACUGAGGAAUACAAAUCUCUGAUUGAAAAUUUAGAAAGCAGAGUUUAUAUUGAUUAUAUAUAUCAAACUGGAAUAUUAGUUUGGUCUGACAGUCUGGAUAAAAGUAUUAAAAGUGCACCAAUUGAUACUGGAAAACCGAUAAUGAAAAUUCUGACUACGGACAUUGGUAUUUCUAAUGAUAUUGCAGUAGAUUGGAUCUAUUUACAUAUUUACUGGACUGAUGCUGAAAAAAAUAACAUUUAUAUUACUGAUAUGAGUGGCAAAAAGAAAACAUUAAUCCACACGGGAAAUGAUAAGCCAAGGGCAAUUGCCGUGAAUCCAGUAGAAGGAUGGAUGUUUUGGACUGAUUACGGUAAUAUUGCUAAGAUUGAACGUGCCGGAAUGGAUGGAAGUCACCGUCAGACUAUUGUUUCAUCCGAUAUUAAAUGGCCCACCGAUUUAACACUUGAUUUAGUUGAUAGAAGAAUAUUUUGGGUGGAUGCAAAAUUACAUAUUUUAUGUAGUGCCGAUUAUAGUGGACGAAAUCGUCAAGUUGUUUUCUCAUCUGAGGCCAUUUUAAAACAUCCAUCUUCAAUGGAUGUGUUUGAAGAUUGGGUAUAUUGGACAGAUGAAGAAACAAAAAAUAUUCACAGAGCAAAUAAAUUUAAUGGAAAAGAAAUUAAAGUUUUCAGUGGGAUAUUUUCUCCUACAGAUGUGCGUGUUUUUCACUCUUAUAAACAGCCAAAAGGUAAGUCAACUACAGUCACUUCUGUUUCAUCUAAACCUGUACCAGAUAUGAGCAAUACUACAACAUCCUCGCCGAUAACCAGCGAACAGGCUUUUCCUCGUCUUGGCAGUAACAUUUCUUUACUAACUAACAGUUCCGAAGCCCCCUUCACUACUUCCACUUCAUUGCUUCCUGCAACCACCAAUAAUGUGGUCACUGAUAAUAAAAAUCUUUCUUCCAUGAGAGAUAGUCCGGCAGUCUCUUCCUUUUCUCCUGUUUUUACAUAUUCAAAUGCUACAGGUGUUUUAGAAGCAAUUCCCACGCUCGUCGAUGUUCUCGAAACAACAUCCGGCCCUGUUGUCAGUGCCCAGAAUGCCUCUCUGAUGCACAAGAAGCAAAAUCUUCCAUUGUCGGAUGCAGACACGGGCAAGGUGGCAGGUAUCAUCAUCGGCAUACUUGCGGGAAUUGCAAUAGUCAUCACUCUGGUUGCAUUUUUUGUCUACAAGCAGUAUUUACGUAGGAAUGUGACCAGCAUGAACUUUGAUAAUCCAGUUUAUCGUAAAACGACGGAAGACCAGUUUAGUCUGGAGAAAAAUCAGUAUCAACCAGCAAGAUCGUAUCCACCAAGUUUGGAACCUCUAACCUCUCCAGGAACUAAUGAAUUUGUAUAAUGUUUAAAGCCAAAUAGGAAGAAAAGAAUAUAUUUGCCCAUAUAUUCUUUUUGCUAUCAUGACUGUUAAUGUGUUCAUGGCAAUGGUGCACGCAAGGAGUACGGUAUGGUCGUGCAUCUUUUUAUAGUCGAUUAUUUGUAUUUUGAACAUCACGUGAAAUUUAUUUAAGGCAACAGAUAACAUACUUAACUUGCCAACUCGAACUUUUUUAUAACUAAUAUUGAAGAGUAACGAUUUUUCAUACCAGUCAGUAAUUUAAGUUGCCACAAAUGCAUGUUUGUGUGUAUUAUUUUUGAUGGUGCUUGUGCAAACUUAAAAGUGGUUGCCGGUGAAGUUCGAGCGGAAUCUCUUCGGAAGAAGACCGAGUCAGCGCAUCUAUUUUUGUUGUUUUUUUUUUUUUAAAGAAGAGGAAUUCAAAAGUGUUGGAGUUCCGAGACGGCAGCACGAAAGUGUACAUAACAUUAAACACGGACAGAAUAUUUUGUUUCAAAUUAAAGUUUCUUAAAAGGUGAGCAGUUUCAUCGAUGACGUCUUACGCCCGCAACUCGUCGCUCGACAAGGUCCAAAUCUUCCAGUCUGUGUCGGGCAAAUCUUCCCAUCAUUUGGCUUUGGGUGGACACUCUUCUUUAAAAUGGUUGGCAAAACUCCAAGCAUUCUUCUUGAAUUCAUUACACAAUUUAAUUAAUAACUUAGCUCCUCAUUUCAUUUACAUCUGCUAAUAUCUGCUACAUUAUCCAUUUUGUAUUUCCUUAGACAUACUCAAAAAGUAAUGUUUUAAUGGAAUACGGACACCUUUCAGUUAUGCAUAGUUAAUUUGAAACAUUGUAUCGUUUCUUCAAAUGCCAAUUGCAACGGCAUCCAAUGUUUUUUUUUAACUACAAAAUAAUUCAAUUUUAGAAAGUUGGAAUAUAGAAAUUACAUUCCAACAUUUUAAAUUUUGCAGCCUUCCUAAUAUAUAAUUUAAAUUACUAAAACUAUAUACAGUAAACAAAACAAUCUCUAUUUUAUAGGGCCCAGUGCAGAGCAUUCACGUCUCGCGGAGGCCCCACAGACCCAGACGGUCCACCCGAGCGUACGUGCCCCGCCAAGCUAAACUCUAGUAGUAAAUUUGUGCGCCGCGGCCAGAACGGUAGUUUCAUUCCCGUAACUAAGCAUUUAAGUUACAAUAAAGAACACCGGAAGACUCUGUAAGAAGCUAGUUUUAAUUCACGAAGACAAAAAUAAGCAGUUUAUGAAACUCCUAUGCAAUCAAAAGAAAGUUUUGCAGAUAUUGCAAAUUUUUCCCCUCUUCCUUCCCUGUGAUGGUGAGUACCAAUCACCAGUAUAUUUAUGUAUAGUAUUUAUAUUGUUAGAUUUUAUUUUUUACAUUUUUUUCAAGAUCGAGGGAUCAAAAUAGUUUAUGUAUACAACUUUGACGUAAAAAUAAACACCACUUCCUUAGUUAUGUUAGAAGAAUUGUUAAAGUAUACACAUACAUACACAAACAAUUCCUUUGGCAUAACCAAUAAAAAGGAAGUGAUGAAAAUUAAUUGUAUUUUUUGCGGUUGGUAAUUUAUUAUUACUAUUGCUUUUUUCCUUUUGUGUAGUAAGAAUUCAUCCCAAAAAAUUGCCAACGCGCGAGUAAAUAAAAACAAAAAUAUGAAAUAAAUUCAUGUUGGAUGUAAAUGUGAUAAAAAUCCUCUUCUAUUCCUAGUCUCGACUCGUGCAGAUUGCUGUGUGACGUUUUUGUACAUUUUAUUUUCAAAAUUCUGUUUUCGUUCGGUGUUAUGUAAUAUAUUAAGUGUAUUGUACGUGAUUAGUAAUUAAAUAUAAAAUGUUGGUAUAAAAAAAAUUUUCGAUUCAAUUUAUUAAUGAAUACGUCAUGAGUGGUACACUACCAUUAUUUAGUACAUUAAAAUAUAUUGCCCCGUGUUCUAACAUAUUUAAAAUUAUUAUUUUUUAUAUCGAUUAAUCUUUUAAUCGAUAGCCCAUUUUUGGGUAAGGGGGUGCUUUAAAAAAAAAAAGAGUUUGCGCUCUCGUCGCUAGAUGGCGGCUGUAUAAAAUCCGGGAUAAUUAGGUUUUCCGGGACAUCUGCCCACACUUAGGUUUAAUACUCAUUCGUUUAGGGUAGCCGCCGAUUAAAAAGUGGUACCCGAUAUUCGGUUUUGUUGUAACUAAUGAAGAUUUCAGAAUAUGGAUCGAUGGGACGGGAUUAAACAGUAUAUUAGAUGAGGGCCACAAAUUAAAGCGAACAAUAAAUCAAUGCCGCCGUCAAAUCGAUUAAUACAGAAACAACACGAUGCCAGUAUAUUUAACACAACGAAGCAGCGGGAGUAGAGUAAUCGGCUAAUCACGGUAGGCGAGUGACC